GUGGAGGAAGGAGGGGGCGAGACCUGGUCGCCAGUCACGUGAGGCACGAUGGUGCAUCGCCGCGAACGACGGGAGGAGGCCUCACUCAGCGCCGGGUGCUCAGGGUUUAGGAGCCGUUGCUGUGGAAGGAGUAUCGGGGACGUGAGAGGCCAUUGAGGGCAGCCAGGGUGCUGGUGAGCCCCCCCUCCCCAUCUCCUUGGUGUGCGGCUGAGCUUCGAUGGAGGAACACAUGGCGGAGCACAACAAGGAGAAGCGUUGUGAGUGCGAUGUGUGUGGCAAGGCCUGGCAGUACCCAUGCCAUCUGGAGAUCCACCGGCGGGUUCACACGGGAGAACGCCCAUUCGACUGCACGGAAUGUGGCAAGAACUUCACCAGCUACUACAACCUGCAGCGGCACAACCGCAGGCACUACGGCGAGAGGCCCUUCAGCUGCUCGGAGUGCGGCAAGGGUUUCACAACGACGCAGGAUCUGAAGAAGCACCGGCGGGUGCACACGGGCGAGAAGCCCUAUGGUUGCUCCACCUGUGGCAAAAGCUUUACCCAGUUGUCGGGGCUGCUGAAUCACCGGCGGGUGCACAGCAGUGAGCGUCCCUUCACUUGCUCCGCCUGUGGCAAAGGCUUCAAGUCAUCGCCGGAACUGAAGGUGCACAGGCGGGUGCACACCGGGGUGUGGCCCUACACCUGCAGCGACUGCGGCAAGGGCUUCACCAGAGCUUGCAGCCUGCUGGUGCACCAGCGCACCCACACCAGCGAGCGCCCCUACACCUGCGCCCAGUGCGGCAAGGGCUUCACCUGCUCCACCCAGCCUGCUGAAGCACCAGCGGGUGCACGCCGGUGACAGUCCCGUCCCCGGGCAUUUCGGCUGCUCCGAUCGCAGCUAGGACUUCGAGAAGGCGCAGGGGCCUGAAGAUCCACCCGCGGGCGUACACGGGAGCGAGGCCCUGCGGCUCCUCCACCUGCGGCAAGAGCUUUGCCCAGUUAUCGGGGCUGUGGGUGCACCGGCGGGUGCACAGCAGUGAGCGGCCCUUCAC